UCAUCCGCGUCCACGCAGAACACCCAUUGAGUGAAAGCGCACGUUGCUCACGCCGAAUUGCGCGCAUUUUGCUUCUUGUUUUGUUUUGUCCUUGUUGUUAUAGUUCGGGCCCGAAAGGAAAGCGCGGAGGGAGACGCGCAAGCCACAGGUCGCCCCCAUCUCGCCAUGGCUCCUCGUCUGCUAGCGACCACCGUGUCCGGCGGCGACAUCGAGGUGGGCCCCGCGGACGGCUCGCCCGGAAUGGGGAAGCACGCCGAGUGAAGCGCGCCGAACGAGGCGGAGAGGAGCGUCGGGACGCCGUGCUCGGAGCUCGAGAAGCGGGGUGGUGGACCUGUAGAGGUGGGGGGGAAGCCUCAUGCACGGAGGCGAGAGGGGGGCAAAGAGGGAGGAUGAGAACAUGAAAAGGAAAAAAAGUGGGGUGCUCUGCCUUCAUCCAGCCAAGUGACCCAACACAUCUGCUCUGGGGGAGCGGAAGAAAAGAGACGAGAGGUACACGAUCACAGCUGUGACCAUGGAGCCUCCCCCCUCUCUGGGCCUGGCUCUCCUCGGAGGCGGCGAGGACGAAGACCAGCGUUUCCUCCUCCCCCUGGCAGGGAUCUCCCACCCGGUGGCCCCCGUCGCCCAGGGUCCGGGGUCCAACCACUCCAACCACAUGGCGGCGUCCAGCCUCGGGCGCCUCAACGGCAGCAACCCGUCGCCGUCCCCCGCCGCCACGCCCUCAUCCCUGCCUAAGUUGUCGUCGGCGGGUCCGCCGCCCAUCCCCAACGCCCUUCACCCGACCACCACCCCGCUCUCCUCCUGCUUGGGAUCGCAGCACAGCUUGAGCGGGGACAACUCUCCCAUCUACAACGCCCUCUUUUACUCCACCCACUCGCCCUCCAUGGAUCGCGAGCGGGACCGGGAGCGCGGGUGCAAGCACAGACAGGCCAGCCCCCUGGUCCACCGCAGGGACAGCAACCCAUUCACCGAGAUCGCCAUGAGCUCCUGCAAGUACACGGGCGGCGUCAUGAAGCCCCUGAGCCGUCUCAGCGCCUCCCGACGGAACCUCAUCGAGUCGGACAGCAGCAGCGAAACCAAAGAGGGCUGCGUUUCCGCUGUCGCCGGGGGUCACGACCGGCAACGAGAACUCCCUCCUACCUCUUUGGCCACCCACUCCUCCACAAAUCAACCGCCCCUCCAGAGCCCCCCAGAGAUUGUCAUUUCAUCAAAAGAAGACUCGCCGUACCCCAGGGGAGGAUAUGACAUCGGCGACACCACCUCCAACCAGAUGUCCAUCUACCACCAAAACCACUCACUGGUGGAGAGUCGCCGAGCGCAACCAGGGCGGGUGGGCAGUCAGGGUGGCUCCGGGGCAGUGGGACCCGGGCCCAGGGCCGGCACCACCAAGGCCACCAAACGCAAGAACCAAAACAUUGGCUACAAACUGGGCCAUCGCAGGGCGCUGUUUGAAAAGAGGAAGAGAUUGAGUGACUACGCCCUCAUCUUCGGGAUGUUCGGAAUUGUCGUCAUGGUGAUUGAGACAGAGCUGUCCUGGGGCGUCUAUACCAAGAGCUCCAUGUAUUCUCUGGCCCUGAAGUGUCUGAUCAGCCUGUCGACCGUCAUCCUGCUGGGCCUCAUUAUUGCCUAUCAUGCACGGGAGGUUCAGCUGUUUGUCAUCGAUAACGGGGCGGACGACUGGCGUAUCGCCAUGACGAUGGAGAGGGUUCUGCUCAUCGCUCUGGAGCUGCUGGUGUCGGCCGUGCACCCGGUGCCCGGCGAUUUCAAGUUCCAGUGGCGAGCGCGGCUGGCCUUCUCGUACGCGCCGUCGCAGGCCGAGGCCGACCUGGACAUGGUGCUGAGCGUGCCCAUGUUCCUGCGUCUCUACCUCAUCGCCAGGGUCAUGCUCCUGCACAGCAAACUCUUCACCGACGCCUCGUCCAGGAGUAUAGGUGCACUGAAUAAGGUGCAUUUUAACACCCGGUUUGUCAUGAAAACACUCAUGACGAUCUGCCCCGGGACGGUGCUGCUGGUCUUCAGCAUCUCUCUAUGGAUCAUCGCCGCCUGGACUGUACGAGUGUGUGAGAGGUAUCACGACGCACAGGACGUGACCAGCAACUUCCUGGGUGCCAUGUGGCUAAUCUCCAUCACUUUCUUGUCCAUUGGCUACGGGGACAUGGUGCCUCACACCUACUGUGGCAAAGGAGUGUGUCUUCUAACUGGAAUCAUGGGUGCCGGUUGCACGGCUCUGGUGGUUGCCGUGGUAGCCAGGAAGCUGGAGCUGACCAAGGCCGAAAAACACGUGCACAACUUCAUGAUGGACACGCAGCUCACCAAGAGGAUCAAGAACGCGGCGGCCAACGUGCUGAGGGAGACCUGGCUCAUCUACAAGCACACCAAGCUGAUGAAGAAGAUAGACCACUCCAGAGUCCGCAAACACCAGCGGAAGUUCCUGCAGGCGAUUCACCAAUUGCGCAGUGUGAAAAUGGAGCAGAGGAAACUCAGCGAUCAGGCCAACACGCUGGUGGACUUGUCAAAGAUGCAGAGCGUCAUGUACGAGCUCAUGUCGGAGCUCAACGACCGCAGCGAGGACCUGGAGCGCCAGAUGUUGUCCCUGGAGCAGCGGGUGGAGCAGCUCACGGCCGGCUUCAACGCGCUGCCGGCGCACCUCUCGGCCACCCUCAGCGCCCAGCACGCCGCCCUGGUCCACCUCCUCCGGGAGAGAGACUCCAAAGAUGCCAGGGAAGAAGGAGGAGUUGCGGUUCCGCUUUCUCCUGCAGCUUCGCUAACCGCCACUCCGGCUGCGGCCACGCCAGUUUCAACUCCAGUUGUUCCUCCUCCCGCCCCCACACUGGCCCCCCCAGAGCCGCCCUCUCCCGGCCCGGAGGGGAGCUUGGAAGCGAGUCAGAACGGCAACACCUCCACCUGCUGAGAGAACCCAAGAGAGGACAACCCCAGAUUCAACCAGAGAGAAGCGGCGAGCUGACAAAUGAGCCUCUCAAAUUGAUGAAGAUGGGACAAACGGGGAGAAAUAAUGGGAACGUGGGGGAGGGCCGGCAUGAGUGAUGACACUUUGGUGGAGUGGGGGGGGCUUUCCCUUUUUGGAGCGAUGGAACAAGAGAAAUUCAACAAGAACGGACUCGAAAAGGUGCGGGGGCAGAGGAAGGACGUCAAGAGGGUGAGAAAUGGCGCUGAGAAGUAUAAAAGGACGAGGAGGAGAAAUAACGAGGACUAAUUAUAUGAACACUGAAUGGAAUCAACUCCUUGAAAAAAGAAAAAAGCCUUUAUCUUUCUUUCUCUCUCUCUCCUGCUCUCUCCCCCCUCUUUCUUUCACUCUCUCCCGUUUUCCGUGCCCUUUCAUCAGGAAUUAAUGACCAUGACUUUUUAUCCUUAUGAUGAAUUUUCUAUCCGAAUGCUAAUUGUGUGAUAACGAGCAUCCCUUUAACAGAAGGUUAGAUCAA